UACAGUGGAGGCAGAGGGCGUGGAGGCCAUCCACCAUGGCCACCGGCCACGCGCUGGCCAUCCCGCGGCCCUCCCUGGAGGUUAAGAGCAUCGCCCCCCACUCCCCCGAGAAACCUAGCCCCAUUCCCCCCUUCCUCACGCCGUUCCCCUCUCCCACGCGCAUCGCCCGAAGCUCCCACCAUUGCCACUGUCGUUUGCAUGCUCCCUGUCCUCCCCGCGCAGUGGGACUGAGUCUGGGAGCCCCGCCGUCGUCUGCUACGUCUUCCUCGCCCACCGAAUCAAGCCGGGACCCCUGCAUCGCCUACAUCAACUCCUUCUUCAAGCUCUGGCCACCGCUCAUCGUCGCUUCGAUCCGCCACCGGUCGACCCGCUCCGGCUUCACGAAGUUUCUCCUCGUCACCGAUAUGCUGGAGCCCAGGAGCCAGAUGCCACCGUCGACGAUGACUCCUACUACACCGGAGGUGCCUAGUACUACGUGCAGCCCGCUGACGACGACCAGGAGUAGUUAGGAGGAUCCCAG